AUGCUCAGUCGCCAGCGGCUUCGCAUGCGCCGCCACCGGCGCUUCUGGGCCUUGGGACUGUCUAGGGCAUGUCUGCAAAAUCUGACGCGCCUUUCACUGGGUCUGCCCCGCCGAGCCUGCCCUUCUCCUCUCGACCUAGCCGACAUAUCAGACGACUCAUCCUCGGAUGGCAGUAGCUCCGAGUCAGAAUCUGAAUCCAGCAACUCAAGUGUGGACUCAUUUGAGCUCCGCCACGACUCGCUCCACAUUCCUCGUCGACAACGACGUGUUCCGCCCGCCUCCUCGCGUGUUCUCAGCUGGGUGCAGCACCAGAUCGACGAGAUGUACUCUCAACGCUACAAUGUGCCCCGAAAUCGCCUCGAACGGCCCCGGGAAUCGACGAUGGAGACAUGUCUUAAGAAGUGGAAACACCGAGACAAGAUUGAAGGUCAUCCAAUUUUCACCAACAACUCAAAUAAUGGCCAGACACCUGUUGAGAUUCAGCUGGCUGUCGCCCUGUACCAGUUUGGGCAUGAUGGGAAUGGCGCAUCCCUCCAGGCGGUCUCUUGGUGGUCGGGACUGGGCAAGGGUACGAUUCCGCGUUGCACGCGUCGUGUUAUCACAGCCAUACUCGGCAGCGGGAUGCUUGCGAAGUAUGUCCGCAUGCCAACUACAGCAGAGAAGGCAGAUGCAAAGGCAUGGGUCGAGAAGACGUCUGGAUGUCGUGAGUGGGGCAACGGAUGGUGCAUGGUCGAUGGGACUCUAAUUCCACUGGCCUCGCGUCCGAAUGGGUUUGGGCCUAGCUACUUCGACCGCAAAAUGAACUAUUCGAUGAAUCUCCAGGUCGUGAACUUACCGAACCUCCAAAUCAUCGACAUCGGUUAUGGCUAUGUUGGCAGCACACACAACGCAACCGCCUGGACCGGCACACGUGUUUACCGAGAGCUCUCGACUCUCCUUCUUGAAGGAGAGUUUAUUUGGGGCGAUGCAGCAUACCCUCUCUCUCGUUGGCUCUCAGCACCGAUUAAGGGUCCCGAAAAGGAAACCCCAGAUAACACUACCUUCAACAACCACGUUUCCUAUGUCCGCGUCAAAUCCGAGCACUGUAUUGGGUUUGUGAAGGGCCGACUUCAGUCCUUGAAGGGCCUCCGCUUGACGAUCAACAACGAGGCUGACCACAUCUAUGCGACACAGUGGAUUAUGGCCUGUGUUGUCGUCCACAACUUUGCGCUUCUUCACGAAGCCAAACUACGUGCCAAACGACCAACAAACCCCAACUACACCUCAGCCGAAAACGAUCCAUUCAUUCCAGCCCACAUUCGUAACCGUCAGCAAGCGAACACUGAGAGCGCACAUCAGUUAGAACUGGAGACCACAGCAGCAGGCAAUCGGGCACGUCUUGCAGCUGGCAAGGCAAAACGCAAUCAGUUAAAGAGUUACCUACUUGCUUCUUUACAUACUCGUAGACAGCAGCUCGGAUAUAACUAG